AUGGCCAAAUUAAUUAAUACUCAUCAUACUUAUGGCACUAUACCUAAAGUAUCAAUACAGGACAUGGAUGAAGAGAUCAACAGAAUGGAAAAUGGCGAAUGCAGAUUUCUAAAUAAACAAGAAGAGAACACUGAUGCAGUAUAUACAGCAGAACAUGUAAAAUGCUACAGCAUAUAUUCAAGCAAGAACCGUAUACAUGCGGUGACUGCAGUACUACACCGGGAGCACCAUCUUCCUGGCACAACUGCGGGCUGUAACAUAAACAACAGUAACAACAAGGAUGAAGAAGAAAAAAAGAAAAAGAAAAAAGAAAAGAAGGAUAAAUCCGAUCAUAAAAAGGAAAAGAAAAAAGACAAAGAAAAGAAGAAAGACAAAGAAAAAAACAAAGACAAAGAAAAAGAGAAAGAAAAGGAGAAAGAAAAGGAGAAAGAAAAGGAGAAAGAGAAGGCUGAUAAGGACAAAGACAAGGACAAAGAUAAAGACAAAAAAGAUGAGAAAAAAAAAGAGAUUUAUGUUAUUGACCCAUCUGGGAACCUGUACUACAACUGGCUAUUUUGUAUUACAAUGCCGGUAAUGUACAACUGGACCAUGCUUAUAGCAAGAGCCUGCUUUGAUGAACUCCAACAAGACUAUUUGGAAGCAUGGUAUGUGCUGGACUACCUCUCCGAUGCCAUCUAUAUUGCAGACAUGUUUGUAAGAACAAGGACAGGUUAUUUGGAGCAAGGUCUUCUUGUCAAAGAUGAAAGCAAACUGAGAGAUAAAUACAAAAAGACGACGCAAUUUAAGCUGGAUAUUUUGUCCAUUAUACCAACAGACAUUUUAUAUUUGAAAUUCGGCUUGAACUAUCCAGAACUUAGGCUCAAUAAACUGCUCAGAAUCGCUCGCAUGUUUGAAUUCUUCCAGAGAACCGAAACAAGGACCAACUAUCCAAACAUCUUCAGGAUUUCUAACCUCAUCAUGUACAUCGUGAUCAUCAUCCACUGGAAUGCUUGUGUUUACUAUUCAAUUUCGAAAGCCAUAGGUUUUGGAGAAGAUACUUGGGUCUACCCUAACAUUUCAGACCCAGACUAUGGUCGUCUGGCCAGAAAGUAUGUGUAUAGUCUGUACUGGUCAACACUGACCCUGACUACUAUUGGUGAAACCCCACCACCUGUUCAAGACUCUGAGUUCUGGUUUGUGGUUGCUGAUUUCUUAGUGGGAGUCUUGAUUUUCGCUACCAUCGUCGGUAAUGUCGGUUCCAUGAUAUCAAACAUGAAUGCAGCCAGAGCAGAGUUCCAAGGGAGAAUUGAUGCUAUCAAACAGUACAUGCACUUCCGUAAAGUCAGCAAGGAUUUAGAAAAAAGAGUAAUUAAGUGGUUUGACUAUUUAUGGACAAAUAAAAAAGCUGUUGAUGAAAGAGACGUGUUGAAAUACUUACCGGACAAAUUAAGAGCGGAAAUCGCUAUAAAUGUCCAUCUGGACACCCUGAAGAAAGUCCGUAUCUUUGCUGAUUGUGAAGCUGGACUAUUGAUUGAAUUGGUCUUGAAGCUACAACCUCAGGUAUACAGCCCUGGAGAUUACAUUUGCAGGAAAGGAGAUAUUGGGCGGGAAAUGUACAUUAUUAAAGAAGGUAAACUUGCCGUUGUUGCAGAUGAUGGAAUUACGCAAUUUGUGGUUUUGAGCGAUGGUAGCUAUUUUGGUGAGAUCAGUAUCCUUAACAUCAAAGGCAGCAAAGCUGGUAACAGAAGAACAGCAAACAUUAAAAGUAUUGGGUAUUCUGAUCUCUUCUGUCUCUCUAAAGAUGACCUAAUGGAAGCUCUAACAGAAUACCCUGAUGCUAAAGCAAUGUUGGAGGAAAAGGGAAGGCAGAUCCUCAUGAAGGACGGCCUUCUAGACUUAGACAUUGCCAAUUCUGGCGUCGAUCCCAAAGACAUUGAAGAAAAGGUGGCUCACAUGGAAGGCUUAGUUGACAAUCUGCAAACAAAAUUUGCUAGACUGUUAGCUGAGUAUGACUCAGCGCAACAGAAACUUAAACAGCGAGUAUCCAAAAUUGAGAAAAUGCUAAAGCCUGAGGCUGAGGCACCUGAGGUUGUAGAAACAGAGGCACAAACAGAAGAGCCAGAACCAACUACAAAAUAG